UAAACUUACGUCUACGGCUUGCGCAGACGAUAAUCCUGUAUUUUCAAAAACCUAACCUCGGCAGUAGUAGAUGCACCCGAUCUGAUAUUAUGAAUGUUUUGCACUCGCACAUGUUGUAUUUUUAUUACAAGUGUUGACAAUAAUUGUGAAAUAGUACAAUGCUCAACGAGUUAGAGACUAAGAAAGUGCACAUGACUAAAUUAGAAUGUAGUUGUUGAUUCGUGUGACAAGAGUUUUUUAUUGAAAUUAUUUUCAUUCAAAAGUUAGCAGAAGAAUCUUGUCAAAAAUGUUUAAAAAAGUUAUUAUCCUCAAUAAAUGCACAAUGUGCUUGACACAUAACAAUCGGAUAAUCUCUCAAAUAACUUCAAGAGAAUUCAAUAGUUAUCUGAUGGAUCGUCCCGAUAGAUCAAGAAAAUCUCGUGAUAGUACAAGUAUUCAAAUGCAAAAAAAUAGAUAUGUUCUUCAGAAAGAUGAGAAUAAUAUUAAAGGUAUCAAGGAGAUGUUAAGUAAAUAUCAAAUUUGUUCAAAUGAAAUUGACGACAGACUAUUUAUGGAAACUCCUUUUGUGCUAGAAAAAAAAAUUAUGAUUUUGCAAGAAAUGGGAGUACCUGAAGUACAAAUGAAGCAUCUAGCAGAAUUUUCCAAGUUAGUAUUCCUGUCAGCGAGAUCAUUCAAAUCACGUCACAAAAUAGACCCUAGUGUAAAUAUUGCUGAAAGACUGUUUUCGUAUGUAAAUAAUUUCGAAGCUGAUUUUAAAAGAUUAGAGAUGUUAAAUGAUGAUAUACCAAUGAGAGAAUAUUACCUUAUAUGUUUCUUACAUCUUGUCAACAAAAAACUGGAUCUGCACAAUACACCACAUGAAAUUCCUUACAAAAGGUUCAUGUUUCUAAUAUUUAAUAGUUUUCAACUACUACCUAGGUUAUUUUCACUCAUAAAAAAUCAAUUGCAAAUGAGUCCUCCAGUGAUAAAAAAAAAUUAUCGUUGGUUGUUUUCUCAUCAUCCUAGCCAAUCAGAUGCUGUAAUUGAUGUUCUUAAAAAUGAUUAUCCUGAUCUGUCAUUGGACAUUUUGAAAAAAUAUCCAAGACUUUUGGAUUGCAAUGUCGAAGAUCUCAGAAAAUUAAUAGCUUAUUUUAAAGAAUAUGAUAUAACACCAAAUAUGGUAUGGUGUACUCAUUAUAUUUUUUAUGUCAGUUCUGUUGAGUUUAAAAGGAGAAUGGAAUUUUUAAGUCAAAACCCUUACACAUUGCAUCUAAUGAAACAUCCAAAAUUUUUGACAUUAGUAAGAGAUUUUCAUACCAUUCUACCAAGGAUAAAAUUUUUGCAAGAGAAAAAUUUCAAAUAUGCCUCUAUCAAUUCUCUGACAACAUUUCACAACUAUUCAGAACAUUUGGUAACAGCCAGAAGACAAACAACAUUAAAUCUGCAAAGCUUUUUUGCUACUCAAUUCCGUCAAGAUGGUCCAAGAUUGUUGGAGCGACUUAAGAAACAUCCUUGUCAUACUUUUGUACCAUUGCUUCAAAUGUAUGAAAAUUUAUGUUAUCUCAAAGAGAAUUUUCCUGAAAAUGUAAUUCAUGAGCAUAUUUAUGCUAUAUUAUAUGAUAAAGAAAAAAUCAGUGAAGUUUAUUCGAAUUUAAAAAAUGAUCCUAAAUACAACGAUCUGCCCGUUGAUAGAUAUUUGCCAAUGAGUAUUUACAAAAUUGAACAGAAGGACCAUUUUACGGGAGACGGUGUUUUAACGCCCGAAAAAUAUGCGAAAAGUCUAAGUGACAUAGGAGAUUUUCAAACUGAGUGUGGUAGAAGAAAAAGGAACUAUGGAAAUGAAUCAGAAUUGUAUAAAAUUUAGCUAUGUGAAUAAAAAUUAUAUUUUACUUGUUAUAUCUAUAAUUUUUCUUAAUAAAUAAAAAUUGUACAGUUAUUGUAAAAAGAUUUAAGCAACAUAAGGAAACAAUAACC